AUGCCUUCCGUCGAGAACAAGAUCCUUUUCAUCAAGAUGGGUGUUCUGGAGAUCCAGCCACCCGUUUGCCCUUCUGCUCGGAAAGGAGCUUGCGAGAUUGUAUCGAAGCAUCCAGAUCCUGCCAACACUGACCAACCGCCAGAUCCUGGGCUCAAGUUUGGGCUUGUGGCCUUGGAGGAAGAAGCACAGAGAAGAAGAACCGGACGGCAACGCCGAGAGGAUCCGGCGAUGGGGAUUUGCAUUUGCACCAAUUGUGGACACUCGGAGGGGGAAACCUUCGUCACAGCAGAGGAGUUCGCCAACAAGCUGGAGAAUGGCCGGCAAGUCUCUAAGCCAUCGAACGAUAAGAAGGGCGAGGUCAUGAUUAACUUGGACGUGAUCGAAACCAUAUUGAUGGAUGACGAACCGCAAAAGGAUGACAAGUACGUGUCAGAGCAUGAUGUGGAGAAGGCUAUCGUCUGGGUGAACUCCAAAGAAACCCCAGGAGCGAAACACAGCUCCAAGCGCAAGGGCACAGGAUUUAUCACCAAGGCCGCCAUGAUGGAUAUCCUCUCAAAGGUGGAUGAUGAGGAAGAAGAGGACGAAGUCCCGGAAAAAGCUCAGGCGGCGGACGGCCGACGCACUUCAACCAGCAGCCGUUGCAAGGACCGUAAGGGCACCGGCUAUGUAAGCAAGGACAAGCUGCAAAAGAUUUUGGCGGCUGCUGGUGAAGAAGAGACUUGAGUGGGAAGCUUUUGAGUUGACGGUGGGCGCCGGUUCUGCACUGCUGCAUCCGAAAUUCUGCAAGAACCUGCUGAACAUUGAAGCAAAGAUGUGGCACUGCAAGCCCCGUCUUCUCCUAAAGGGAGGGCCGGGCAAUGGAGCACAGCUCCAGGAUUUACACCAGAAUCCCUGGGCAUGGUUGCGGGAAAGGAUGUCAGUGCCCAACACUCGCGAGGGUUCUUGAAUCCUCGGGGUGCGUUGGUCGCUGGAAAUAAGUAUUCAACGAUUUGCAGUUUAGGCAGCAUGUUUAGGGCUUCAAUCAGACCUGGAACUCAGCGAGCUAGCUCUAACUUG